AAAGGUAUCUGAGGAAAAAGGCUGAGGUAGUGAGGAUGCUGGCAAUGAGAAGAGUGCUGCCCCAGUGGGGACAGAUAGCUGGAAGUCUGGUCUCCAGGCAGACUCUGCAGUGUGGUUCUGUUCCGUCUACAUGCCCCAGCAGGCUGCACUCAACUGUAACUGCUCCUGGCACGAACCUGGUGUUCAGACAGUUGUUUGAUGCUGACACGUACACCUAUACUUAUCUGGUGGGAGACCGGAGCACUGGAGAAGCGGCUCUGAUCGAUCCUGUCAUCGACCAGGUCACCCGGGACCUGCAGGUGGUCAGCGACCUGGGGCUCACACUGAAAUAUGCAGUGAACACGCACAUGCACGCCGACCACGUGACCGGCUCGGGCCUGCUGAAGCAGCACGUGCCGUCGUGCCGGAGCGUCAUAGCGGCGGCGUCCGGGGCGCGCGCUGACGUCCGGCUGAGCGCCGGCGACAUCGUCACCGUGGGCGGCCUGCAGCUGGAGACGCGCGCCACGCCGGGGCACACCAACGGCUGUGUGUCGUACGUGCUGCACGCGGCCGGUCUGGUGUUCACCGGUGACGCGGUGCUGAUCCGCGGCUGCGGCCGCACCGACUUCCAGGAGGGAGACAGCGGCACACUGUACGACUCGGUGCACCGCGAGAUCUUCAGCCUGCCCGACCACUUCACCGUGCUGCCGGCCCACGACUACCGCGGCUUCACCAGCUCCUCGGUGGCAGAGGAGAAGACGCUGAACCCGAGGCUGACCCUCUCCCGGGAAAAGUUCAUCAAGUUCAUGGAGGACCUGAAGCUGGACUACCCCAAGUACAUCGACGAGGCACUGCCGGCCAACCGCGCCUGUGGCCUCCAGGAGCUGUCCUCCAACCACCGCGCGCUCUUCGAGAAGCUCAGCGCGGCGCGUGCCUAAGGGUGGCGACCGCUGGCCGCUGGCCGGUGCUCGGGUCAGGCCCGGCUGCAUGCUGCCGCGCCGGCCGUACCCGCCUCCGGUCGGGAAGAGUGCCGCACUGGCUGCCCGCUCCGGUCGGGGGAGAGUGCCGGACGGACCGCGCGGCCAAUCUCCGGUCGGGGGGAGAGUGUCGCACUGAGCUGCCCGCUCCGGUCGGAGAGGGUGCCGGACGGGCUGAGCGACCAACCUCCGGGAGCAGCCCGGGUGUGUGUGAUUCGGGCGCCCACGUUACGAACAGAGGCCGGUCCAGUUGUUACGCGGUAAGGUGUGCCGCUUGGUGGCGGCCUGCUACACUAACGUAACGCUCACUGUGUGUGAGCCUGCAGUCAGCUGUCGUGCAGUGGCCCGGGCUACUGUGUCUGGUUUAGAUGCUCGGGGACUUAGGCUUGCGUAAUUUCCCUGAGAACCAUGAUGCCAAGUUUGUGUUGAAGCUUGGAGGGCCGGCUUUAGAUUUACAUUAGAUUUUGGCAAUAUUAGGUGCUGUUUUGGGCAUUGUGAUGAUAGAUUGUUAACCGCUGUGAGAUUUUAUAAAUACGUAUUUUUGUAAUGACAUUUUGUACCGCUCAAUGGGUUUAACGUGGAUUAUAUACUGGCUUUCGUAGGUAUGCAUCGUAGGAGGGAAAAGGGCUUGGUGCAUUGAAUAUAUUUAGCGGAUUGGGCGCGCCACAUUUUCUGCUGAUUGUCCAAUAUAGGGAUACAUACAUGACGCCUUCUGCGGCGUCAUGGCAAACUGCCUACCAUAUCCCGCCGGGCGACUCGAACAAUGCUCAACGGCUAGCCAGCGGGCUCCGUAAUUCGUCUCAUGGUGGCUGCUGCAUGCCAUGUAUGUGCAGUGCUAAUUGGCUGGGAUGAAACGCAUAAUGUGCUUCGAUGUGCCCGGUUGGUUCGGCACUGCGAUAUAACUAAAUAUCUGGACUUUUGCCUUUGCCUUUGCUGCUUAGUUGUGGGCCUGCCUUUUCUAUGGUUGUGCAUAUGUGCUUGACGAUGAAAAUAAAGGAGAAAAAUAUUGGGA